AUGGUAGUCACAAGCACUGGUUUAGUUCAGGCAGUAACAGAAACUGGUUAUGAUAGAAAGAGUGAACUAAAAGCCUUCGAUGACUCUAAAGCUGGAGUUAAGGGCCUUCUUGAUGCCGGGGUGACAAAUAUACCAAAAAUCUUUGUCAAUGGCCACAACCAGCUUCGCUCUGAUGAUCAGUUGGGUUCUGGCAAUUCCAAGUUUAGCAUUCCAGUGAUUGAUUUUGAAGGUAUUGACACAGAUUCAGGUCUGCGUCGUGAGUUUGUUGAGAAAAUUCUAGACUCAUGCGUGAACUGGGGAUUCUUUCAAGUGAUCAAUCAUGGAAUUCCGGUUAGUGUCAUGGAUGGGAUGAUCGAUGGGGUACGGAGGUUUCAUGAACAAGACAUUGAGGUGAGGAAACAGUACUAUUUUCGUGAUGGCAAAGUCAGGAGGUUUUUGCAUUACAGCAAUUUUGAUCUGUUCGAAGCGCCAAUGGCUAAUUGGAGGGAUUCCAUGUCUUGUUUUAUGGCUCCUCAUCCACCUGAUCCUGAGGAAUUGCCUGCUGUUUGCAGAGACAUAAUGUUUGAGUACACAAGGCAAGCAAUGAGAUUGGGAUGUACUAUUUCUGAAUUAUUAUCCGAGGCUCUUGGGUUAAACCCAAACCAUUUAAAAGAGAUGGGUUGUGUUGAGGGGAUUCUCCACCUGGGCCAUUACUACCCUGCCUGCCCCGAACCAGAUUUGACUUUGGGAUCUAGCAGCCACACUGAUUCUACCUUCAUGACCAUCCUUCUACAGAACCAAAUAGGUGGCCUCCAAGUUCUUCAUCAGAAUCAGUGGGUUGAUGUGACCUUCACCCCUGGUGCUCUUAUGGUCAACAUUGGAGAUCUUCUUCAGCUCAUCUCAAACGAUAAGUUUAAAAGUGUUGAACACAGAGUAUUGGCAAAGCAUGUUGGGCCAAGAGUUUCAGUGGCAUGUUUUUUCAGAACAAAUGGUGAUACAAAGAUUACUUCAAGACUUUAUGGACCCAUCAAAGAGUUGUUAUCAGAGGAAAACCCUCCAAUAUACAGAGAAACCACUUUGAAAGACUACCUCAAACACUACUAUGCCAAAGGGCUUGAUGGAGUUCCUUCACUUCCACAUUUCAAAUUGUGAGAUCUGUUGGAAAUG